GUGUAAACAAACGUCAUAUGUGCUCCCGCAUUCGUGUCCAAUUGUAAGCGGUGUGGGCGUUAUCGUAUCAUGGCGAUCGCGCACUCUUAACAACUGGUGAACAGCUGAUUCGGCGAAUGUUUUCCCGCGUGAUAUAACAUAACAUACGGUUCGCGAAGAGCGCGACAGAUCCAAAUCUAUAUCGACAGAUCCGUCCCUCUGUCUCUCAUCUCUCUCUCUCGCUUUUUUUCGCGGCUGUCUUGUUUUUGUUGACACGAGCGGAAAGAUGUGUAUUGACGUGUCCUAAUGACGUAAUUGGUCGAAGAGGCGAGACGGUCCCACGAAUGUCCACGUACAUACACGUAUGUGCGAUCAAUCGCGCGCUUUGUAUAUCGCGUGCCUGUCAUGAGCACGCUAAGGUCACCGGCAUUCGGUGCUUUGUAAUGUGAGGAGUCGUGUCGUGGGGAAAAAAACGGAAUCCCGCCGAGCUAUGAUGUCCAACGGGGGCGCCGCGUUCCUGCUGUUCCUAACGUUGUCGCUCGCGUUGUGCGCGGAACUGGAGAGUGGCUCGAAGAAGCGCGGCGAUAUCACGCAAAAGUCAAAUUCCAACGAGGAGACGGACGAGGAGGUCGCCGAGGACCUGGAGACCGCCUUCGAACAAAUACGCGAGCUGACUGCUCUGCGCGAUACGAUCAUGAAGAUGGUACCGACGUCCGAUCCGCUUUACGAGAAGAUUAACAAGCAAGUGGGCAGGAAAGAGGCGGAGAGCAAGACGGAGAGUCAGGCCAGCAAGGAGACCUUGGAAAGUCCGGGGCCUAGAAGUGUAUGGAUGAAGACUAUGAUAGCCGAGACGAAAGACACGGAUCCUCUGGUUAUCGGGAGACAGCUCGAUAAUGAGGAUAUAGAGUCCUGGGACAAUCGAGAAUUGCUCGAGAGAUUGCUCAACGAAGAGGAGAUCCAAGAACCGUUGUCGCCGGAACAACAGACAGCUGAACAGUUAUUCAAGAAUGCACAGAAUAUUUUAAAUGCGAUGCGUGCCAACAAGUCCGAGGGUUACGAAUUGCUCAUCGAAGCAGCAAAGUUGGGUCAUCGAGAAGCCAGAUCUAUAUUAGCAUGGGCAAGAUUACUUGGAUCUCGUUUGGGUCCUGCAUCUUUGCGAGUGUCUAUUGAUGAUAUGCCUAGUAUAUUUGAAAUAUUCAAAGAGCUUGCAGACACUGGCCUCCCAUCUGCUCAUAUGGGAAUGGGAUUUUUAUAUGCGACUGGUAUUGGCGGUGUUAAUGCAUCUCAAGGAAAAGCUUUACUCCAUUAUACUGUUGCUGCCCUUGGUGGAGAUACUAGGGCUCAAAUGGUUAUGGGAUAUCGCCAUUGGGCAGGAGUGACAACACCAGCGUCUUGCGAGCGAGCUCUGGAUUUCUAUCGAAAAGUAGCGAAGAAAGUCGCGGAGGAAGUAUCGUUAAGCGGUGGUCCGGUAGUCCAACGUGUUCGAUUAUUGGAUGAAAACGAAAACCCGGGAUACAGCUCCGGAAUCUUUGAUCAGGAUUUGAUAGAAUAUUAUCAGUUGUUAGCCAAAAAGGGCGACACUCAGGCGCAAGUUGGAUUAGGUCAGCUUCAUUAUCAAGGAGGUAGAGGAGUUCCGUUAGAUCAUGAAAGAGCUGUACAAUAUUUUCAACAUGCUGCUGACGCUGGUAAUCCAGUCGCUAUGGCUUUUCUUGGAAAGAUAUACUUAGAAGGAAGUGAAAUCGUCAAGCAAGACAAUGAAACAGCAUACAAAUAUUUCAAGAAAGCUGCAGAAUUAGGCAAUCCAGUAGGCCAAAGUGGAUUGGGUCUCAUGUACUUAUAUGGGAUGGGAGUAGAGAGAAAUACUGCAAAAGCGUUGCAAUAUUUUAGUCAAGCUGCAGAGCAAGGCUGGGUCGAUGGACAAUUGCAAUUGGGCAAUAUGUAUUUUAGUGGUACAGGUGUUAGACGAGAUUAUAAACUGGCAAAUAAAUAUUUCACCUUAGCCAGUCAAUCUGGUCAUGUGCUGGCAUAUUACAAUCUUGCUCAGAUGCACGCCACUGGUACUGGAUUAAUGAGGAGUUGUCCGACAGCUGUAGAAUUAAUGAAAAAUGUUGCCGAAAGAGGAAAAUGGAGCGAUCAACUGAUGGUAGCGCAUAACGAUUACAGAGACGGCAGAGUGAACGAAGCCUUUCUGAAUUAUGCUCUAUUUUCCGAAAUGGGUUACGAGGUCGCGCAAAGUAAUGCGGCAUUUAUUUUGGACAGAGGAGAGACGGAUGUUCUAUCAGAAGAGGAAGGUUUAGUCAGAGCUUUAGCGUUGUGGGCGCGAGCUGCCGCGCAAGGAUAUUCUGCGGCACAAGUAAAACUUGGCGAUGCGCAUUACUACGGCAGAGGAACGAAAAUUGAUUACGAGAUUGCGGCGGGUCACUAUCGUUCGGCAUCCGAGCAACAGCACAACGCUCAGGCCAUGUUCAAUUUGGGAUAUAUGCACGAACGUGGUUUAGGUUUGGCAAAAGAUCGCCAUUUGGCUAAGCGAUGUUACGAUUUAGCCGCGGAUGCUAGUCCCGACGCGCGAAUACCUGUAGCGCUAGCUUUGAUUAAACUCUCCUUCCUAUUUGGAAUCGAUUACCUGCAGGAAUUCAGUUUGGUCGAUCAAUUGGAUAAGUGGGAUCAAUUGCUCGGACAGAACUGGGAUUUAUAUCUUAUCGGAUUUCUCACAGGAAUGCUCAGUCUUAUUAUAUACUUCCGCAGACCGCAGCCACCUCCCCCACCGAGACCUCCUGUUAACUAAAUUUUGUACUUUCAUUCAUUAUAUCUCAUAUACAUAUAUAAAUAUAUAUAAAUAUACAUAGAUUUUUCUAGGAUAAGCUGGGAAGGAAUUUUAUAAAAGAUUCAUAUUCGCGGGAAAUCAUUUUUGAUAAUGUGAUUUGUCUUUCCGAUGUUGCAGAAAGAAUAAUCUCAUGUUCACAUUUGAAUGUUUUAAAUGUGUGUAUCAUAGUAAUUUAUUUCUAACACUUAGACUAUUGGAAAUAAUUUACUUUUAAAUUCGUCAAAGAUCAUAUAACGCUGCCCUUGGCAUAAUUUUUUCGUAAUUUCUAUUUUGUUUAGCUCUACUUUCUCAUACUUGAUUAAUUGAUACGCAGACUCUGAGCUAGUUCCUAGUUUAUCAAGUUCCAUUACUACGCUCAAUGUAUGUCGUGUGAAUAGGAAUAUUAUCUAUAAAUGAACAAGUUUGUAAAAAACAAAUUUCUUCUUUCUAUAAAAUAAUAUAAUAAUUAUCAAAUUCACAAAUUCAAAUUCGCUCCAUACAUCAUAUUACUUUCAUACAAUAUUGGUGGUGUCUUUGCAGCAAUAUAUAAUUUUGUCGUGAUUUUGUAUUAUUAAAUCAAUUAUUAGCUUUCUUUAGUGACACACAUUUGUAACUGUCUUAGUUUACGUACAGAAUAGACAUACUAAGAUAUUAUAAAACAUUGCUGUAAUAUAAAAUACGAAUUAAAAAAUUG